AUGGCGAGUGCCGGGAAUGAUAGAUUAAAGGUUAUCCACAUUGCAGGUGUACUGUACAACCUUCAGGACAAGUUACUCUACUAUCCUGAAGAGCCGGCACACUCCAGGAUCUACGUAGAACUUCCUCAGGGCCUCAGUUACGAGAACAUCUUCACACACACCUCUGACGGGGUACAGAUCAACAUGGUUCUUAUAAAACAGCCACAGGGAAGGUUUGGAACGGCACCUACCAUGGUUUUCUUUCAUGGGAAUGCUGGAAAUAUUGGGCAUAGAAUGAUGAAUGCUCACUGUUUGUACCUCUACUCUGGCUUCAAUAUUCUGUUGGUGGAAUACAGAGGCUAUGGUAAAAGUCAAGGAAGCCCAUCAGAGGAAGGUCUGUACCUGGAUGCCCUAGCAGCAAUGAAAUAUAUUUUUCAAAGAGAAGACAUUGACCACUCUAAAAUAGUUGUGUUUGGGAGGUCUCUGGGAGGGGCGGUAGCUAUAUAUGUAUCUACCCAUCCACACUAUAGCAGGAAGAUCUUUGCCGUGAUUUUAGAGAAUACAUUUACCUCCUUGCCGCAGGUGGCUAAGGCAUUAUUUCACUUAGGUUUUCUACAAAGAUUACCAAACUGGAGUUUUAAAAACCAGUAUCCAUCUGUGAUCCGUAUCAGACAACUGCAGCUUCCUACUCUGUUCUUGUCAGGACAGAGCGAUAAUCUCGUCCCGCCUGCCAUGAUGAACGAGUUAUACGAUAAAUCUGGCAGUAUACUAAAAAGACUGGUGAAGUUUCAAGGAGCCUCCCAUAACGAAACAUGGCAGAGCAACGGGUACUAUGAUGCUAUAAAUAACUUUAUGAUGGAGGUAUACAAAUCUAAGGUUGUGAGAUCGUCUGCAGACACAAGGUUAGAACUAGGUGACGGUCAAGGUGAUCAUGUGGAAGGGGAGGUCAAGGUCAUCUAA